AUGUGCGAGGAUUUAGUCUAUCAAAAGUACUUUUUGCCAGUAGCUAAACUAAACUUGCUACCUCGCAGAAACCAAGGAAAACUCUACAACGCACAGUCACGGAUGCGAUUCGGCCGCUCUCCAAACGCCCGCCCCGCACCUCGCUCUUACCCGUGCCGCUACAGCUUCCGAGGGCGCGAGGCGGACUUCGCCCCUCAGCUGCUCGUCGUGUUUCGAAACAGCGCGGAGUUCCCCCGACAGACUUUUUUUCCACGACGGCCGAAGAGCCUCGAGUUCCCGCGGACAGCUGCAGACCGCCUCCCGCACAGGCCGCUCCCCCUCCCUGCGCCGGGUCGGGGCCGUGUGACGGGAUCCGGCUCCGAGUUUCACGGCGCCCGGCCCGCCUCCGCCUCGGGAACAGCGGCAAAACACUGGAUUUAUUUAUUUUUUUUUAAGUCUGCAAGAGAAGUGUUAUUAGUUAAGAUGUCCUACUUAAUCAAUGGAGUUAAACAUUGCAGUCCUGUGAAUCAGAUGCACAAAGUAACAGGAGCUCUGUUUAAAGCCCACCUAUUAAGGAACACAUGGGGCAUCAAGGAGCAACAACUAAAAAUCUCAUGUGCAUUAUCUCAGCUUAGUUCUGAAAAGGCAAACUCUUAUAAUUAUGUCAUUGUUGGAGCUGGAUCAGCAGGGUGUGUGUUAGCCAACAGGCUGACUGAAGACCCUCACAAUACCGUACUGCUUUUGGAAGCAGGCCCUAAAGACACCCUUUUAGGUAGUAAAAGACUACUGUGGAAGAUUCAUAUGCCUGCUGCAUUAACUUAUAACCUCUGUGAUGAGAAAUAUAACUGGUAUUAUCACACAACUUCACAGAAGCAUAUGGAUAACAGAAUUAUGUACUGGCCCCGAGGAAGAGUGUGGGGUGGUUCCUCUUCUCUCAAUGCAAUGGUAUAUAUUCGUGGGCAUGCAGAAGAUUAUAAUCGAUGGAGCAGAGAAGGGGCUGUAGGAUGGGACUACGAUCAUUGCUUGCCCUAUUUUAAGAAGGCGCAGACACAUGAGCUGGGACCUGAUCAGUAUAGAGGUGGAAAAGGACCUCUUUAUGUGUCAAGGGGGAAAACAAACCAUCCUCUUCAUCAAGCAUUCUUGGAUGCAACCCAGCAAGCUGGGUAUCCCUUCACAGAUGAUAUGAAUGGUUAUCAACAAGAAGGAUUUGGCUGGAUGGACAUGACUAUACACCAAGGUAAAAGAUGGAGCACAGCUAGUGCUUACCUUCACCCAGCUAUAUCACGCCCCAAUUUGUCAGUUACUGAGAAGACACUUGUAACAAAGAUCUUGUUUCAAGGAACAAAAUCCAUUGGUGUUGAGUAUGUGAGAAAUGGGCAAAGGGAAAAGGCUUUUGCCAGUAAAGAAGUUAUUUUAAGUGGAGGUGCCAUAAAUUCUCCACAGCUACUUAUGUUGUCUGGGAUUGGCAAUGCAGAUGAUUUAAAAAAACUGGGGAUCCCUGUUGUAUGCCACCUUCCUGGAGUAGGCCAGAACCUUCAAGAUCAUUUAGAAGUGUACGUCCAGCACAAGUGCACGAAGCCUAUUACUCUGUAUAGUGCACAAAAGCCAGUUAACAUGGUGAGGAUUGGUCUAGAAUGGCUUUGGAAGUAUACAGGUGAGGGAGCCACUGCCCACUUAGAAUCUGGUGGGUUUAUCCGAAGUCAACCAGGAGUUCCUCACCCCGACAUUCAGUUCCACUUUCUCCCUUCUCAGGUGAUUGAUCAUGGUCGGGUUGCUUCCACGAUGGAAGCUUACCAGGUUCAUGUAGGACCCAUGAGGAGUGCAAGUGUUGGCUGGCUAAAGCUGAAGAGUGCAGACCCAAAGGACCAUCCUAUCAUUGAGCCUAACUACAUGUCGGAAGAAAGAGAUAUUUGGGAAUUCCGCCAGUGUGUCAAGUUGACCAGAGAAAUCUUUGCUCAGAAAGCUUUUGAAAAAUUUCGUGGACCUGAAAUUCAACCAGGAAACAAUGUUCAGUCUGACAAAGAAAUAGAUGCCUUCAUAAGACAGAAGUCUGACAGUGCUUAUCAUCCUUCUUGCACUUGUAAAAUGGGUCAGCCUUCAGAUAGCACUGCUGUAGUUGAUCCCCAAACAAAAGUGAUUGGUGUUGAAAAUUUGAGAGUAGUAGAUGCCUCAAUAAUGCCCAGUAUAGUCAGUGGGAAUUUGAAUGCCCCUACUAUUAUGAUAGCAGAGAAAGCUGCAGAUAUAAUUAAGGGACUCCCCUCACUUCAGGAGAAAAACGUUCCUGUAUAUAAGCCCAAGACCUUGGAAAAACAACGAUAAACAUUCUUGUCAUUCUUUCACAUUUUAGCCAAUUAUUUUUUAUCUCUGUGUUUGUAUCUCAAUUGGAAGGGCCAACAAAAUAAAUGCCGUAGAAAAAUACACAUCACAAUAAAGCAGCUACUAAUGUGGUCCAUUCUGUUGUAUAAGAUUAGAUAUAUAUAUUUUAAUCAGUUGGCUCAAGCCGUUUAUUUUAGUUGGACAGGAAGAGAUCAGUGUGUGUUAUUCUGAAAGUCUUUAUGAUAUGUCUUAUUAUUUAAAGGAAGAAUUUUAACUGUUUUGAUAUUAUUACCCAGGGUUACAGCUACUCAGUAAUUCCCAUGUUCUGCAAAGUAAAUGCAAGCAUUUAUGUAUUUACAGGCCAAAGUAGUAGUAUCAGAAUUCAUAGAAGAAACACUUAACAUGUCCAGAAUUUGUAAGGUGUGUUUUUUUAUGGGAAGAAUGCAUAAUUUACAAACCUUUACUAGAAGUUGGACUUUACCAUACUUAGGACUCUUAGAAAAAAAGACAUAAAAUACAUUUAUCAAAAAAAUUUAGUUGUGCUGCUUUAUCUUGUACCAUAGGAAGGGAUCCACACGCCCCAUAAUUUCCAUACUUAAUGAUCUUUGCUCAAAGAUGAGUGCAUGCAAAUAUACUCAACAGUGCCCAACUAUCAAUCAACAAUCAUUAAAAAUAUUUAUAGCUGAGGUAGCUUUAAAAUGGAAGUUCACUCAAAAUAACUACAUUAAAUAAGAUAUCAGUGAUAUGAGAUCUUUUUUAAUUCAAAGGCAAACAACUUACUCAGCAAACCAAUGCUGUACUUCACUUAGGACUUAAAUCUUUGUUUACUAUCUUCAGAUAUGUCAAACAAAUACAUGAUCUUCAUGGCUGUUUCUGUGUGUGUCUAACUUACCGGUGCUGAACUGAAAAACAAACAAAAAUAAUACACCUAAAGAAAUGGAAUUCAUUAACUGGAACCAAAUUCAUUCAAUUUGAUGGAUUUGUUAAGUAUUCCAAGCUAACUUCAGACUAAGUAACUGCUGAAUUGUAAAGCAAAUGCUUCUGUACCUUCAGAUUGGUCAGCACUUCCUGUGAACAGAAUAUGCUUUUUUUUUCCCAGGAAAAGUAGAAUUUUAUACCAUUUGAGCAAAUUGAAAAAAAGAAAAAUUACAAAAAAGCUGCUGACUCAGAUGUUGGCUAGAGGGACAACUGCAGAUGUUUAGGGCAGAUUUUUCUACCUAGUGCUGCUGCAAAGUAAUGGUUGGAAGCCCUGCUGCUAGCUGAGAGAAAGGACUUAAUUGAUCAGAGUAUAAAGAGUAAAUAAAACUUUUGAAGAUGGAAAGGGAUAGAAGUGAACGUCACUCCCAAAGGAAACAGGUAAACCCUUUCUGUGUACGAUGUAUAUUUGCCUGGAGUGUGGGGAACAAAAAGAAUAUUUUAAGUCAGAGGUGAUUGAUUGGCUGUAUUAGUAAGACAAUUUACCUGACACAAUUGUGCCUUUAGGGAGAGCAUGAAUAAUGUAUAAUGUACCACUUUUAUAGCAACUAAUAGCUUUUAUUCAGCAGCUAUUCUUCUGAGAUCUUCAUUUAAAGAGACUCACUGUAUCUUAGUGUCAUUUAGAAUAUGAACUAUUAAGGAUGCUUAGAAUAAUACCAGUGAUGAGAAUCACUGCAGUCCUGUACACUUGAGAGAGGAAGCAAUUUGGAAAGAUGUAACAGUGAAGUUCCUGCAUUUGCAGAUUCACAACAUGGGUUUGCAAUCUAGACAUGCAGCAUGGGAAUUGUUAUUAUGCAACUGCGGAGGAUUAACUAGUUGCUAUAUUACAUAACUUAUUGCUUGAACACACAGAGCUGUCAUCUGCCAUUAUUUCAAGUUCUGAGAGAUUAGGAAAUAGUGAGGUUAGAUAAACAUAUAAAAUUGCAUGCAUCUUACAUUCAUGUGUCUUGCUGCUUUCAACAAUCAAGGUACGCUUCGCUGCAUUGUGUAAUCAGACAAUCAGGCAUUUGUUCUGAACCACCAUCUUUUCUCACAGUUCUAAACAUACAGUCCUUGCAAGAUUUUUUUCAUUGCUGUGCAGCUGAAGUUGCCUUAUUAAUUUAGACCUCACUGCUACAGAACUUCAUGGCUCCUUCAUGCAUUUCCUUUGAUGUAGUCCUAAGGAAAUUCUUCAGGUAUUUAAAAAUGUUGUUGUCCUGGGAUAAUCUUUUUAGGUAGCAUCAAGCAGCCAUUAGAUUCUCCUGCAUUUUAUCUGUCUGCUGGGAUUGAAUUUCUGUUAAAAUUCUUCUUACUCCUAGCAGAGUUCAGUCUGCUAAGGGUACUUAGAACAGAUACAAAAUGUUCAAAUGCGUUCUGUGAAGCACUGGGAGCCUGCAAGUCAAACAUCAGCCAUCUACACACCUUACUGAAUGAUGCAGAUCACAGGACAUUAUUUAACAAAACAAUAUGGUGGUUAAACAAAUAUUAUUUCCAUUUCUAUUCAGAUAUUUUUUCUAUAGAUAAGUAGAUGAUAGUACAUUAUGUAUUCAAGAAGAGUUCACUGUAAAAGUUUUUUGAUGUAAGAAUUGUUUUUGAUGUAAGGAAGUUCUUGGACCUGCCAGCCUGGCUUCAACCAGCAAUGGUACUGUGAGUGCCAGCACCAGCAUUUCCAUGGGAACAACUUGUGGGUGCUUUGGAGACAGCUGGAUGUCUCUGGCUGGGGACAAUAAGAUUAAGAAAGAAAAGUGACCAAACCCAUUUAUUUCUGUACAUGAAUCUCAGUUCAAAUUGUUUUAGUAUGAGAAAUGCUGUUAAAAGCAGCAGAAAAUAGCAGUAUUUGUAAAACUGCAUUUUGUUUCAUUUAAGGACACUCAAGUUUUUGUGCACCAGAACUUCUGAUGUUUCUCCAGCUUAAAAUACUUUAAAAUACUUUUCAAGUGUAUGAUUUCAAUUACUCCAUAACUAAGUAAGGCAACUGGGAAAGUAAAUAGUGGGCUUAUAACAGACAUUUUCUGUAACAGAAACAUAUUGAAGUAUUUAUACAUCUUAUUAAAAUAAUAGUUACAUGACAUGGAUUGUUGGGAAAAAAAUAAAAGCAUUUGUUCAUCUUAUUAAUAGUUCAAAAGUUACUUUGAUACAACACAAGCAUCCCACUGCAGUGUUCUUUUAGUCUAUAUUGUUUGUCAUCCAACCUCCAAAAAAAGGAUAAUCUUCAAAUAUGAAUAUAUUUUAUAUGUACAAUUUUUAAGUGAAUAUAACUUCUCGUAGCUGUAUUUAACUCCUUGCUAAUGGACAACCAUAAUGCUUUCUGUCACUGUGUUCAUAUGUAAACAUAUCUGGGAAAUCAUUAUAAAUGCAUUAAUUGUUGAGAUUACUUUCAUUUCUUUUAAUGGAGUGAUGACUACAAUUCUGUGAGUCAUUCUAAGGCUGCCAGUUACCAUGAAGUCAUACAUAUAUGGGUUAAUCUUUUUUUUCCUUACGGUUCUGCGAUAAAAUUGAACAGUUAUUCUAUCUAUAGUUAAACCAUUAAUUAUGUAGAACAUGGCUUGUAGCUGAAUUUCCUCCACUGUUUAUAAGGACUAUUUCCUCAUAAAAUAUUAUAUCUGCCCCAAAGAGCGUCUUUCUCAUCAGACCAUUCGAAACUGAGGACUAACUAUUCUACUAGCAACAAAAUACAGUGAAGUCAGCAUAUCUUUUUCUGUCUGUUCAGACAUAUGCUUAAUUUAAAAAGUCUUGUUCAGUGCAAUCUGCUACAUUAGAUGUGCUAUGAGAAAAGUCCAUGCAAUUAAGCAACCUGGUGUUUUGGUUUUUGGUUUUUUGUUUUUGUUGUAAA